AUGUCAUUAUUACGCACGUGGCCCAUCACCAGGCAGGACCCUCUGUCGUCAUUUCUGUGCUUGUCGCUGGCGUCGCUGCGCUUCUCUCAGGUCUCUGCUACAGCGAAUUCUCUGCGCGUCUUCCAAGGCGAAUUGUGUGGAUUCGUCGUCGGAUGGAACAUUCUUCUGGAGUACAUGAUAGCUGCAGCAGCCGGAAGCAAAGCUUGGGGCCAAUACUUGGACAAUAUUCUCAAUGAUACAAUUCAAAAAUACCUUGAGAACAAGUUUGGUUGGUCUCCUGGUCCUGGUAUGGAAACACAUCCCGAUAUCAUGGCUCUGUCGAUCAUUCUGCUUGCUACCGGAGUUGCUAUGAUUGGAGCAAAGGUUACAUCUGUAACAAGUUGUGUUUUCACCCUUUUCAAUGUGGUGGUAGUAGCCUGCAUUAUAUGCGUCGGAUUCUUCCAUGUGAACAGUCAAAACUGGACAGCAGCUCCAGGAUUUUUCCCCGAGGGAGCAACUGGAAUCCUUGCUGGUGCAGCAACAAUGUUUGUCGCAUUUCUUGGAUUCGACGCCAUUGCGACAACAAGUGAAGAAUGCAAAGAACCAAGCCGAUUUGUUCCAAUCAGCAUUGUGACCACAUUAAUCACCUGCUUCAUCCUCUACUUUGGUGUAGCCAUGGCCAUAACUCUUGCCUAUCCGUGGUACAAAUUACAAGAUCGAGCCGCACUUCCCCGCGCCUACGAAGCUCGUCAGAUUUUCGGUUCCAAUUACGUCAUCGGUAUCGGCGGUAUAUGCGGUCUCUCUGCCGCUGUGCUUGGUUGCAUCUAUUCUCUAUCGAGGCUCCUUUAUUCAAUAGCCGACGAUCAUAUCUUGUUCCGGUGUCUUUCCUUUGUCAGUAAAAUAACGAAAUCACCGACCGUGGCGACUCUGAUUGGAGGAAUAAUGUCCGGGUUAAUCGCUAUGCUUUUCAAAUUAGAGACCCUUAUCGAAACGAUGGCCAUUGGUACACUCGCAGCCUACACAGUAGUCAGCGUAUCCGUCCUUUGCUUGCGUUAUGACUCAGAAAUUGUAGGUUUAUACAAGGAAUAUGAGAAUAUGAGCGAUAUUCGCACACUAAGAUUUGCCUCGACAGACUUCAUAAAUAACACAGGUUACCGAACUUAUAAAAACUAUCGUAUAAACCGCGAAAACCCAGCCUAUUAUUCAAGCAUCGAGGCGUUCUCUAAACAGUCGGGUGACUCCUCGUCUUACAUCAACGGUGUUCAUCCUUCAAAUAUUGAACCUAAAGAGACAUAUGCCACACAGAAAUCGAAAUCUGUAAUCUGUACUGAACUACAUGAUACAUCACCGAUCAUUGCCAGCGGGGUAAGCGGUAGCAACGGGGGGAAUUACCAGCGGAUAUCGAGUGUUAUGAGCUGGAGCAGUCUGGGCAGUUUUUUCCAAUUGCCCAACGAAUCUUGCGAACCAAGCGAAGAGUCAUGGCGGACAUUCAGUUUGUCUUUGAUUGUUUAUAUCAUUAGUUCGGUCAUUCUAUGCGUGGUUACUAUCCACGGUCGCACAUUUGUAUACGGACAUAGCUGGUGGGCUCUGUUGUUACUGACCGGUUCAUUGGCAAUAAUGGUUACGUGUGUUAUAGUGAUAGCCCGCCAGCCGCGGAAUCAGAUCCACCUGCUGGCAACGACACCCUACGUCCCGGUUGUUCCGCUUGCUUCAUUCACUCUGAAUGCCUAUUUAAUCACAUCGCUGUCACAGGCUGCCUGGCUGCGAUUUGCAGUCUGGCUGGCUGCAGGGCUGAUUAUCUAUUUUGGUUAUGGAAUCCAUAAAAGUAAAGAGAAAGAACUCGAUGACCAAGAAGUCGUUCUUCACCAGUUCCUCAUACCGAAACAGCUUUCCUUCAUAAACUUCUAUCCCUUCCGCCGUUGCUCCUUUCCCCUGGCCUCCGACCAGAAUCGCUCCCUCUCAACUAGACCAAGUCCAGCAUGUCCCUUGUAA